GACGGAUGUGAUUCGCAUCAGGAGGCAAAUUUGAAACCUGUGAGUGCUGCAGUAUUGCUAAGAGCAAGACAACUGCAACACGAAAGAAAUGUGCUGGCAGAUGCACUUGUAUGCAAGCCAAAAAAAAGAAGUGGAAGUGGAAGUGGACAGUUCCGCUACAGGUUAAUGUUAAAAUUAAAUCAAUAUAUUUUUUAUCAAAAAUUGUAUUCAUAGAAAAAAUUAAAUAUGCCAAAAAAGUUUGCCACUGAAAACACCAAAGCUGUUGCUGCUAGGGAAAGAAAAAAACAAGCUAAGGAUGAAGUCUCCGCGAAAAAGCAGAAAGAAGUAGAUGAUUUAUAUUGGGCAGAUAAUGACAAACAGUUACAAAAGAAACAACAAAAAAAGGAGGCAGAAGAAAAGAAAAAACAAGAAGCCUUGAGGAAGAAAGCUGAAACAAAAGAAUUAUUAGAAAAAGAACAAAGUGAAAUCGUUAAGAAAACAUCUAAACCUGCACCUCCAGUGAAAGUGACAAGAGCUCAGAUAUCUGCCAAGGCAGCUGCACCUAAAGUAGAAAAAGAAGAGAAGAAAGUGGAAACUCAUCUGGAUGCUCCAUUGAUUGAAAAUAUUAAUAGGCUCCAAGUAGAAGGAGAAGAAGCUAGAACUAUUGAUGAAGCUAUUUCAAUACUAGGUAAUAAUGAUGAACUUGACAAACAUCCAGAAAAACGUAUGAAAGCUGCAUAUACUGCCUAUGAAGAAAGAAGACUUAAAGAACUAAAAGAAGAAAACCCAACUCUACGUUUAUCUCAACUGAAACAAAUGAUCUUCAAGGAAUGGCAAAAAUCACCAGAGAAUCCUCUUAACCAAUAGUUUACUUAUUUUGUUAUUAGCUGUUAUCAACAGAAGUGUUCAAAUUCAGAUAAAAAUUGGAUACAUACAAUACCUGUGUGGAUGUACUACAUCAUUGAUGAAGACUUAUGAUAGAAUUAUGAAUUAUUAAUAAGAAUCUUCAAUUGCCCCAGAAACACACUUUAAAAAUACUGAUAACUCCAUAUAUGUUAUUAUACUUCAAAGUUUGUCACGGUAUUCUUAAAUUUUCAAUAACCCACACAUCAUUAGAACAAGUUUAAAUAUUUUUUUGCUUUUCAAGAUAAUUGAGUGCAAUCUUCUCUGGUAUGAAUUGUUUCAAUAAAGUGAGGCAGAUAAUAUUAAAUCGUGACAAUAAUUAGUUGAUUUUGCUUUUGCUAUAACAAAACAAGUUAUGGAUUGUUCUUUACUGCAAAAAUUGUAUUAUGAUAAGGCUUUCAUAAUAUAUGGAAGCCAGUGUAUUAAAGAAACUACACUCGGGUGCAAAAAAAUCGAUCCACUUAAAAAUUUGGUCAUUUUUGAUGCUCGAAUUUCCUAAACCUGUUGUCCGAUUUAAGUGAUUUUUUACCAUGUUAUAGCCUUAUUCAUUAACAAUAUAGCUGUAAUAAUAUUUUUGUUAGACAGGUAAACUGUCAUUGUAUACUGGGUGUACGAAUCAAACUGUGUUUUUUUCUCAAAGUUCGCAUCGCCCUGAGGACUAUUCUAGCAUUUAUAAAAUACUGAAAUUAAAACCCAACUCUAGCCUCAGGUGUUCUUAACAUUCUGUUUUUAGAUUCAUUCGCUUAUGUUGGAUAAUAAAAAAGUUAGGUACUUUAACAACUGGCCGUGUUCGUCAUCAAUACAGGGUGUUUCUAAAUAAGUGCGACAAACUUUAAGGAGUAAUUUUACAUGAGAAAAUAAGGACAGUUUGCUUUAUAAUCAUAUGUCCGCAAACGCUUCGUUUCCGAGAUACGGGAUGUUCAAUUUUUUUACAAACUGACGAUUUAUUUAUUACUUUAAAACCAGUUGAGAUAUGCAAAUCAAAUUUGGUGAGUUUUAAGACGUAGUUAUUGCCCAUUUUUUGACAUACAAUUAAGAAUUUAAUAUUCACCAUUGGCGUGCAUACGGGUCAUAUUACCCGGUCAUAUUACCUGUAUGCACGACAAUGGCGAAUAAAAAUUUUUUAGUUGUAUGCCAAAAAAAUGUGAAAUAACUACCUCUUAAAACCUACCAAAUUUCAUUUACAUAUCUCAACCGGUUUUAGAACAAUAAAUAAAUCGUCAGUUUGUAAGAAAAAAUUCAACAUCCCGUUUGCCCAUUUGCGGACAUGUUUAUAAAGCAAACUGUCAUUAUUUUUUCAUGCAGAAUUAGCCCUUAAAGUUUUUCGCACUUAUUUAAAAACACCCUGUAUUGAUGAAGAACAUGGCUAGUUGUCAAAGUACCUAACUUUUUCAUUAUCCAACACAAGUGAAUGAUCGCUCAUAAUACCCGUUUGUGCGCCAAUGAUAAAUAUUAAAUUCUUAAUUGUAUGUCAAAAAAUGUGCCAUAACUACGUCUUAAAACCCACCAAAUUCGAUAUGCAUAUCUCAACUGGUUUUAAAGCAAUAAAUAAAUCGUCAGUUUGUAAAAAAAAUUAACGGAAAAAAUUGUAUCUCUGAAACGAACCGUUUGCGGACAUAUGAUUAUAAAGCAAACUGUCCUUAUUUUCUCAUGUAAAAUUACCCCUUAAAGUUUGUCACACUUAUUUAGAAACACCCUGUACUGAUGACGAACAUGGCCAGUUGUUAAAGUACCUAACCUUUUUACCUCCAACAUAAGCGAAUGAAUCUAAAAACAGAAUGUUAAGAAGACCUGAGGUUAUAGUUGGCUUUUAAUUUUAGUAUUUUAUAAAUGCUAGAAUAGUCCACAGGGUGAUGCGAACUUUGAGAAAAAAACACAGUUUGAUUCGUACACCCAGUAUACAACUACAGUUUACCUGUCUAACAACAAUAUUAUAACAGCGAUAUUGUUAACGAAUAAGGCUAUAACAUGGUAAAAAAUCACUUAAAUCGGACAACGGGUUUAGGAAAUUCGUGACAUCAAAUUGACCAAAUUUUUAAGAGGAUCGAUUUUUUUUGCACUUGAGUGUAUGUAUUUUAUUGCAGUUUAUUCUCAACGAAAUAUUUGAUAAACCUAAGGUGCCUAAACUAGUAAACAUAAAUAUUGUCAUCAAAUAUAAAAAAUUCAUAAAUAUUGAUAAAAUAAUGACAUUUAUGAAAUUUUUUAGGUUAAGUUAAUUUCAAUGGUGUAUUAUCUGAAAGCGACUGCAUUUUUUUGUGUUGGGCUUUGUACUAAUAUAUGUAUAUUGGAGGUGUUAAGUCACAAUGACGACCGCUCGUAGAUUUCGGCGGAACUAAAAUUGAGGGUGUUUUUCUUCUUUUUAUUUUUUUGGCCUGCUAUAAUGGGGGUUUUUAAUGUCAAAUCGUUGUCAAAUUUUCGAACGCUCGAAAAAAUAUUCAAAAUCAUAAAUAUGUUUAUUUUUACAAAUUUGUGGCUAAUAUAAAAUUAUUAACAUGGUUUUGAAGCCGCUGUGAUUGAACAAAAUCAAAAUGUUGAUUCUGAAUACAAUAUAUCUGAAGAUUUAGGUAAUUGUAAUUUUGAAUCCGCUGUGACUGUAAACAAUGAAUCCGAGUAUUCAAACAUUGUCGAAAUUGUAGAUAAACAAUAAAUAAUUAUUUGUUAAGAUACUUAUUGCGAUGGUUGUAUUGAUCUGAACAAAACUCCUCAAGAUGUUACAAGAUAUUUUAAAGGAUUUUGAUCUAAAUAGGUACACUGUGUACAUAUCUGCUUAGUAUAAAGAUAAGUAUCAUUAAUACACUAAGCAUCAAAAUUAACGCACCACCUUAAAAAUGGGACAUUUUUUAUGUCUCGUAUUUCCUAAACCUGUUGUCCGAUUUUAGUGAUUUUUUUUAAUAUGUUAUAGCUUUAUUCUUCAAUAAUAUUGAUAUAGUAAUAUUGUUGCUAAACAGAUACGUGAUAUUGUAUACCUGGUGUAACAAUGAUAGUGUGUUUUUUCCUCAAAGUUUAGAACACCCUGUGGAAUAUUCUAGCGUAUAUAAAAUAUUGAAAUUAAAUCUCAACUGUAGCCUUUCUUAACAUUCUGCUUUUUGAUUAAUUCGCUUAUGUUUAAUAAUAAAAAGUUAGGUAUUGUACCCUCGGAGAUCGCUGGGAAAAUUUCCACUCAAAAUAAAAUCCAGUUUGGAACACUGUGUGAAUGUUGAUAGUAACAUAUCCUUUUUAAGAUAAACAGACCUGUAAUUUAGCUUAGACAAAUUAAUAUAUUUUUUUGCAAACAAAAAUGAGAUUUUUCAACCAAAUAAUGUUUCAAAUAUGAUGUGCAAAAUAAUUUUUAAUUGGGUUCUGCUAAUGAGCUUCCUUUUUUGUCAUUAAAGUAGAAAAAUUUUAAAUUUCACCCAUUAAAUGAUUAUCGUCCAGUUAUCGUCGUAAUUAUUUUAACUGUACUAAUAUCCGUCGACUAAUUCUGAAUGAUUAAUGGCUUGUUAAAACAUUUUAUCUGUAGCGGCUUCUGGAAUGUCUUAAAAAUAUCGCAUUUCAUUGAUAAAAUGCGCAUAUCCCACCGAUCUUCGCUUCGAUCAUACUUUAACAACUAGUAAAGUUCUUCAUCAAUACAGGGUGUUUCUAAAUAAGUGCGACAAACUUUAAGGGGUAAUUCUGCAUGCAAAAUAAUGAAUGUUUGCUUUAUAAACAUAUAUCCGCAAAUGCUUCGUUUCCGAGAUACGGGAUGUUGAAUUUUUUCUUACAAACUGACGAUUUAUGUAUUGCUCUAAAACCGGUUGAGAUAUGCAAAUGAAAUUUGGUAGGUUUUAAAAGGUAGUUAUUGCACAUUUUUUGACAUACAAUUAAGAAAUUUAUAUUCACCAUUGGCGUGCAUACGGGUCAUAUUACCCGGUCAUAUUUUCCGUAUGCACACCAAUGGUGAAUAUAAAAUUCUUAAUUUUAUGCCAAAAAAAUGCGCAAUAACUACCUCUUAAAACCUACCAAAUUUCAUUUGCAUAUCUCAACCGGUUUUAGAGAAAUAAAUAAAUCGUCAGUUCAUAAGAAAAAAAUCAACAUCCCGUAUCUCGGAAACGAAGCAUUUGCGGACAGAUGUUUACAAAGCAAACGGUCAUUAUUUUUUCAUGCAGAAUUACCCCUUAAAGUUUGUCGCACUUAUUUAGAAACACCCUGUAUUGAUGAAGAACGUUGCUAGUUGUUAAAGUACCUAACUUUUUUAUUAUCCAACAUAAGCGAAUGAAUCAAAAAGCAAAAUGUUAAGAAAGCUUAAGGCUACAGUUGAGUUUUAAUUUCAAUAUUUUAUAUACGCUAGAAUAUUCCACAGGGUGUUCCAAACUUUAAGGAAAAAACACACUAUCAUUGUUACACCCGGUAUGCAAUGACACAUCUAUUUAGCAACAAUAUUAUUACAUCGAUAUUCUUGAAGAAUAAAGCUAUAACAUAUUAAAAAAAUCACUAAAAUGGGACAACAGGAGUAGGAAAUACGAGACAUCAAAAAUGUCCCAUUUUUAAGGUGGUGCAUUAAUUUUGAUGCUUAGUGUAUAAAUUACUUACUUGUAGUAAUGUCAUCGUCUUUUUUAAAGAGGUCACUGCAAAUAUAAAAAUACUUAAUAUUUUUGCUUAAACCACAAACUUCGAUCCAUAAUACUUGUUCGAUUUUUUUAACUGGACAAUAAUUCAGUUGUACUCCAUCAGCAGAUUUUUUUACAAGUUUCUAUACAACAUCGACGCCAACUAACGUGAAGAUUCCAUGUUAAUAAUUUUAUAUUAGCCACCUAAAUCUAAACAAUGAAUAUUUUUUCGCGCGUUUGAAAUUAAAAAUUUGACAACGAUUUGACAUUAAAAACCCCCAUUAUAUCAGGUCAAUAAGAAGAAAAACAUCCUCAAUUUUAGUUCCGCCGAAAUCCACGAGAGGUCGUCAUUGUGACUUAAUACCUCCAAUUGGCAGCAAAUCUUUAACUUUUUAAACUGAGCAUUUUUUAUCCAAAGAUCAAGUAAUAAUCUAAAUUUGAAUACUUCACAUAACUGAAAAAUACUUUCGGCUUGUGAUUAUUCCUUGACUAAACAUUUUAAACACUUCAGAAUGAUAUUUUUCACUGGAAACAAAUAAAAAUACUUCUUUAUAUUAACAAGUUUUACACAAAAAUUGUAUUAUGUAUGUAUCGAUUGUUUGGUUUUUGAAAUCUUUAAUUUUGACUAUGUAAUCGCGUUAAUUUAAAUUUUAUUUUUAAUUUUCAAAUAUAUACGUAUAUCGUU